AUGCCACAGGGAGACUAUAUAGAAGAGUUUCGGAGACGUUUUGGUGAGCGGCCCGAUCAACGCGAAAAGGAGCGGAAACGCCGCGCCCGGGAACCGCACAAAGUUGCUGUCAGAUCUAAGGAGUUAAGGGGAUUGAAGGCAAAGAUUUUCCAUCGUGAGCGUUUCAAAGAAAAGAUACGUCUACGAAAAGAGGAACGGGCCCUCAAACUCAAAGAUGCAGUAGCGAAGAAGAACGACACAGGAGAAGAUCGACUCAAGAACGCGAUUCCCGCGUACCUGCUCGAUCGUGAAGAUUCCGUUCGAGCUAAGGCUCUCACGAACACAAUAAAACAAAAGAGAAAGGAGAAAGGUGGAAAGUGGGAUGUACCUCUGCCGAAGGUGCGACCACUUCCAGAUGACGAGGUCUUCCGGGUCAUAAAGACAGGAAAAAAGGCAAAGCAGAAGGAAUGGAAGCGUAUGGUGACCAAAGUGACCUUUGUUGGCGAUGGGUUCACGAGACGACCACCGAAAUACGAACGUUUCAUCCGACCAAUGGCUCUCCGUAUGCGCAGGGCCAACGUUACUCAUCCCGAACUCAAUGUAACUUUUUCUCUAGAGAUUCUUGGGGUCAAGAAAAACCCCAGCAGUCCGCUUUACAGCCAGCUGGGGGUCAUUACUCGUGGCACCAUUAUAGAGGUGAAUGUGAGUGAACUAGGACUUGUUACAACUUCUGGGAGAGUUGUUUGGGGAAAGUAUGCCCAGGUGACGAAUCAGCCAGAGCUCGAUGGAACUAUCAACGCGGUAAUGCUUGUGUGA